CCGCCUCGGCCGGAUUUGGAGCUGGGGACGCGCCCUCGGACGCUGCGCUUCGGCUCCAGCUUUAGCGCCGCCGUUGCCGGGGGAGCGGAAGCUUCGGACAGCAGCAAUUCCUGUGACCUUUUAAGUAAUUGAGUAAUGAUGGAAAUGGAUCAAAAAUAGUAAAUGACUUCUCUACUGAAGCUACAGAAGAUUCUUCAUAUCACUUCCUGUAGCUCAAUUCACUCUUCAAAAGGGAGCAGAGAAAAGUGAAAUACAGAAAAUUGCAAAGAAAGCAUCCUCACUAUGGAACUGUCUUCCUUGACUACUCCUUACCCCAGUCUUUCUACCUGUUUUUAUUUUAUUCUAAAUUUAUAAAUAGUGAAGACCAAAGAAAAAAGCUUUAUACCAAGAUAUUUGCCUUGAGAGCUGCUAUUCUGUGGAGGGAAAAGUAUACCAAAGUUCCUGUUUGGUUUUUUUUCAACAAGAUUUGUUAAUCUUUAGAGUUUAAAGAAUAAGUCAAAAUAUAAAUACCUAACUGCACACUAUUUUUAGCGGCUGAAUGAGAAAGAAUGCAAUUUGUAUUUCAAGGGCUUUGCCAUUUGGAUGUUUUGCCACUGGAGUUGACUGCUCAGAAGAUCAUCAUUGCGCUUUAAAAGUGUGCUGCUGGCCAAGCUACUUAAGCACCUUUCUUACCAAGAGCACCUCACGAGAGAUCCAGCUGUCAGACUCAAGUUCUGGAAAGAGGACCACAGAGGUUCCACUCUGGGAUCCUGGCCAUGAGGUUGGAUGCCUCAUUUUGCUGAAAAGAGACACUGGACCUAAAUGGCGCAGCAUGACUUUGUUCCUGCUUGGCUAAAUUUCUCAACACCACCGCCAGCUAAGUCACCUGCAAAUACCUUUGAAAAACUCGGAGAGCACCUAUCCCGAGGGGAAGGAAGAUUUGGAGUGAGCCGUCGUAGACAUAAUUCCUCUGAUGGCUUUUUCAACAAUGGACCCCUUCGAAUUACAGGAGAUUCCUGGCACCAGCCAUCCCUGUUCCGUCAUGAUUCUGUGGACUCUGGUGUCUCUAAGGGAGGCACGCACACUGGAAUCACAGGGAACCUAUCUGGUUGGCAUGGCUCUUCCCGGGGUCAUGAUGGCAUGAGCCAGCGUAGUGGGGGUGGCACAGGAAACCAUCGCCAUUGGAAUGGCAGCUUCCACUCUCGGAAAGGCUCUGCCUUUCAGGAAAAACCACCUACAGAGAUUAGGGAAGAAAAGAAAGAAGACAAGGCAGAAAAGUUGCAGUUUGAAGAAGACGACUUUCCUUCUUUGAAUCCAGAAGCUGGCAAACAGAAUCAGCUAUGCAGACCUAUUGGGACCCCUUCAGGAGUGUGGGAAAACCCCCCUAGUGCCAAGCAACCCUCCAAGAUGCUGGUCAUCAAAAAAGUUUCCAAAGAAGAUCCUGUUGCUACGUUCUCUGCUGCAUUCACUUCACCAGGAUCUCACCAUGCAAAUGGGAACAGAUCUUCAACUGUGGUCCCAAGUGUUUAUAAGAACCUAAUUCCUAAGCCUGCACCACCUCCUUCCAAGCCCAGUGCAUGGAAAACUAAUAGAAUGGAACACAAAUCAGGAUCUCUUUCUUCAAGUCGGGAGUCUGCUUUUACCAGUCCGAUCUCUGUUACAAAACCUGUGGUCCUGGCUGGUGGCACAAUUCUAAACUCCCCCAGAGAGAGCCCCUCUAGCACCACCCCGCCAAUUGAGAUCAGUUCCUCCCGUCUGACCAAGCUGACCCGCCGAACUUCCGACAGGAAGAGUGAGUUCCUGAAGACUCUUAAAGAUGACCGGAAUGGAGAAUUCUCAGAGAACAGAGACUGUGACAAGCUGGAGGAUCUGGAGAACAGUACUCUUGAACCAAAGGAGAGUGGAGAGGAAAGCUGUCAUCAGAACGGCCUUACUCUUCCAUUUGCGGAGGAAAGGAGGGUCCUCUCACAUUCUCUGGAAGCUGAGCACAGAUUAUUAAAAGCAAUGGGAUGGCAGGAGUAUCCCGAAAAUGAUGAAAGUUGCCUUCCCCUCACAGAGGAUGAGCUCAGAGAGUUCCACAUGAAGACUGAACAGCUAAGAAGCAAUGGCUCUGAGAAGAACGGCUGCUUACAGAGCCGAAGACCCUGCUUGUUCUCUCCUUGGCCAUGUGCUGGUAAAGGAGACGUUGAGGACUCAGACACAGAAACCAGUAGCAGUGAAACAUCCGAUGAUGAUGCCUGGAAGUAGGCAUAUACUUGCUACAGUUAAAUCUGACCCAGCAAACUUGACUUGUGUGUUGCGGGAGAGUGUACAAAAGAAAUUUGUUCUUUUUUUCUUUAUGUUGUUGUUGAAUACUUCAUGCACAAGGGAAAUAAUCAUAUCCCAAAGAGAGAGCGCGAUUGGCUUGUUUAGCUUUUGUUGUUCUUCUUCUUCCCUGUUUCCUGCUUAAUGGAGAAAAGUUUGUGUGGUGGGAAAGAUUUUAAAUACAUAUAUAGAGAGAGACCCAUACACAGUCUAUAUGGGGCAAUGCACAGGUGGAAGCUGGCAGUGCAGAGAAGCAGCCAGUGGUCUGCAGCAACAGCUUCCACUACCAGCCCCUGGGGCACUCAGCCCUAUGCUCAAGCAAUCAUUGUCAAUGACAAAGUGACUAUGGAAGUUAUAAUUGUAUUAAAUUAAUGCUAAUAAUUUGGAUAUUUUAUUUUUGGCUGCUCGGGUAAUUUUAGCCCCUUAACCAAGCAAAUGUGGUUUUCUUCUUCUGUUUUAUUUCUGGGUACAGUUGUAAAAUAUUUGGAUAUACGAAAUGUUGUGUUAUGCUUGCAGCCUUGAUAUUCAGGGUGGAUUGUAAAAUAUAAAAUUUUUGUGAGAUUUCAAAGAUUAAGAUUAUUUUGAUAACAUUAUUUACAGAUGUAAGAGAUGUGGCUAUCACAAGUCUGUUAUGACAGGGAAAACCAUAAAAUAACUAACUUGGAAUAAAUAUUUUGCAUCAGUUUGGA